GUCCUUUUACCUUUUCUUGCAUCGAUUCGACAACAAUUAUCGUUUCGACCAUGUUUUAGAGAAGACUACCAAGGAAAUGAUAUUGUAUAGCAACAAUGUAUAGGAAUUUGAUAUAUCUUCAAUGUGAAAGUGAAUCCCAUUGAUAUUACGGAAAAUCUUUUCUUCGCUAUUUUCGGCCAAAAGGAUACGGAUGAUUUUACAAUAUCGUUAAAAAGAAAGAUGCAACCGAAUUGGACGAUAUAUUUUUUUAAGAUAUCCUUUUCUCUCUAUAUGUUGGUUAGUGUAAUUGUGCUGAUCAAUUUGUUAAUUGCCAUGAUGACUGACACAUAUCAAAGUAUUCAAUCUCAAAGCGAUAUCGAAUGGAAAUAUGGACUCAGUAAACUUAUUCGUAAAAUGCAAAAAACGCGUACAGCACCUUCGCCCUUGAAUCUCAUUACUUCUUGGAUUCCAUAUAUUGGAAAAACAUGUAAACAUCGAGGUCGCGUACGUAAAACUGGUGUCAUGCACUUAUUUACAGGACAUUCGUUUAUUCAGGACAAUGGAACAUUAACUCAACAACAUGAUACCAUUAAUUUUGAAUUACUUCGAUCGAGUCCAUUGGAAAGUCAAUUAUCAUUAAAAGAUUCAAUAAGAAUUGAAAAUAUUGUUGAAUGGAAUCUUGUAAGACGAAAAUACAGAUUACGAUUUGGCAAUGAAAUCGAAAAACCAUUUACAGAAGAUUCAUCUAUGAUUAACUAUUGAAUAAUAUUAUAUAUAAUUUAUUGGUACUUAUAAAAUCGCCAUUUUCUCAUGAAUGAAAUCUUUAUAUUUUCUAUUUGAUAUCUCUUUUAUCUUGCUAAUUUAUAAUAAAUUUUAAACAUAAAGAAAUAUG